ACCGAGGGUGUUCCCGGAGCCGUCCGCGGGUGUGAACCCGCACACGGCCGUGCGCGCAGGGAGCGCAGCGCGCAUGCUCCGCGUUACGCAAAGCGCGCAGGCUGCGCCGCUUGCGGGCACUGAGCGUAGGGCGAGGGACGGGCCCGAGCGGCGGCGGCGCCGCGUGACUCAGUGAAAAUGAAGAAUUUCUAUAUUUUUAUUGUUUUCCUGUUCAUCCCGUGGAAUUUUUCUGUGGCAAAAUACAAUGAGUUUGAGGAUGGAGAUGACAUAAUGGAAUAUGAUGAUAAUGACUUUGCUGAAUUUGAAGAUGUUAACGAAGAUGCAGUCACAGAGUCUCCUCAGAGGAUCAUCACUACAGAAGAUGAUGAAGAAGAAGCCACUGUGGAGCUCGAAGGUCAGGAUGAGAAUCAGGAAGACUUUGAUGAUGCAGAUGCACAGGAAGGUGAUACCGAGAGCGAACCAUAUGAUGAUGAGGAGUUUGAAGGCUAUGAAGAGAAACCAGAUGCAUCCCAUAGCAAAAAUAAAGACCCAAUAACAAUAGUUAACGUUCCUGCUCACCUUCAAAACAGCUGGGAGAGUUACUACAUGGAGAUCCUGAUGGUAACAGGUCUUCUGGCAUACAUCAUGAAUUACAUCAUUGGGAAGAACAAAAACAACCGCCUGGCUCAUGCAUGGUUCAAUACUCACAGGGAGCUGCUAGAAAGUAACUUUGCUCUUGUUGGGGAUGAUGGCACUAAUAAAGAAGCUACAAGCACUGGGAAACUAAAUCAGGAAAAUGAACACAUCUAUAACUUGUGGUGCUCUGGAAGGGUGUGCUGUGAAGGAAUGCUCAUCCAGUUAAAGUUCCUCAAGAGACAAGACCUCCUGAACGUUCUUGCACGCAUGAUGAGGCCAGCUUCUGACCAAGUGCAAAUAAAAGUAACCAUGAAUGAUGAAGAUAUGGACACCUACGUGUUUGCUGUUGGGACAAGAAAAGCACUGGUGCGACUUCAGAAGGAAAUGCAGGACCUGAGCGAGUUCUGCAGUGAUAAACCCAAGUCUGGUGCAAGAUACGGGCUUCCAGAUUCACUGGCCAUCUUGUCGGAGAUGGGGGAGGUCACAGAGGGAAUGAUGGACGCCAAGAUGAUACAUUUCCUCACACAUUAUGCUGACAAGAUCGAGUCCGUCCAAUUCUCGGACCAGUUCUCCGGUCCAAAACUUAUGCAAGAGGAGGGGCAGCUUACAAAACUGCCUGAAACCAAGAAGACACUUCUGUUUACAUUUAAUGUGCCUGGUUCAGGCAACACUUCCCCAAAGGACAUGGAGUCUUUGCUGCCCCUGAUGAGCAUGGUUAUCUACUGUAUUGACAAAGCGAAGAAGUUCCGUCUGAACAGAGAGGGUAAACAAAAAGCUGACAAGAACAGGGCUCGUGUGGAAGAGAACUUCCUUAAGCUGACUCACGUGCAAAGGCAGGAGGCUGCUCAGUCCCGUCGAGAGGAGAAGAAACGGGCAGAGAAGGAGAGAAUCAUGAACGAAGAGGAUCCUGAAAAGCAGCGGAGGCUGGAGGAAGCAGCUUUGCGGCGUGAGCAGAAGAAGCUUGAGAAGAAGCAGAUGAAGAUGAAGCAGAUCAAAGUGAAAGCAAUGUGACUCCAUGGGGAGCAAUGUCUCAGUGCCACCUGCAGAAUUGGAAUCCACAGGGUACAAAGAUCUACUUAACUCCAUAAUCCUACACUUUGAACACUAAUAGCCAUUAAGAGAAAUGUUCCUUGGCAUUGGUGUUACUUAUUUAAGUAUUCCAGCAACAUGCAGGUGUAUGUAGAGAUCUUUGUCUCGGCAGUUUUACUCCAGGUGGUACAUUUGCUACUUGUCUAAGAAAAAAAAUUGCAAUAGUCUUGAAUGCUCUUUGUCAUUUGUUCUUUAAAACCAGAAGGCUGUAAAGUCCUCUGGUUUUACUGUCCACAUGUGCUGGUAACAUACUCAUGCUUUGGUUUUAAACUUUGGGUUUAGUUCUUGGGAGGGAAGGGGGGGAACUUUAGGGGAGGAAAACUGCACAAGAAACUGUGCAUUUAUUUGCAUUAAGCUUGUAAAGGCACAAAACUUAGAGCCUUCCAUACACAGUAUGGAUUCUUCAGGGAUUUCAGCCCAGUAGAAUAGAAGUGCUUUUUGUUUUCUUUGUUUUUUACAACCAAGGGACUGAAACAGUGUUAGGUCACCUGUGGGCAUGAUGUGUAAACCAGAUGGGUUAGAGAGGAGGGAAUAGGCUAUGUGAACAGUUUCCUACUUGUGGUUUUGAAGGCCACAAGUACAAUGUGAAGUGUGUAAUGUCAACGUGGUGGUUCUUCAGGAGCAUGUGGUGAGUUAGCAGCUUCAACAAGCUUUCCUUGAGCAUUUUCAACUAUACAAGUUUGCCUCAAACCCGCUUGAUUUCAGCAGCUGCUGCCUAGUUCCCUUCGGCCAGAGCUAGAUUCAGUGAAUAACUGCAACUGCCAAUUUCCCCAAGCAAGUAAAAACGUUUUGGGGGUAUGUGAAUCCGCUUCAAUGAUCACUUCAGGUUUUGAAGCUAAAUGGGGAGCAUGAAGUGAAUGCCCCAGUGCAAGCACUUUGCUGAGAGAGCCCUGCAUUUUAUAAAUGCUUCCUGUCUAGAAGGCGUUUUAUUGUUGCUUGUAACAGACUUUACACAGUUUUGUGGGGAAAACAGGAUCUUGCAUUUUCUUGUUGAAUACUGUGUGCAAACUUGGUUCAGAGGCAAUAAGAAUGAGCUGCUGUUGAAACAGCAACUGCUUAAAUUUCGUCCAGCAUGGGCUACUUCACACUGAAUUAAAUGCAAAUGUCUGUAACCUGAUACAUGCAAAUACAUUAAUUUUAUAAUGGGUGGUAAAAUUAUUUAAAACCAAAACUAAUGUAGAUGAUGUGAAAUUUUAGCACUAUUUAGCUUUAAAGAUGACUACAGCAUUGUUCCACAACGGUCUUGGAAAGGUAAUGCUGGUUUGUGCUCUUUAAGUGGACAGCUUUCCUGAAGUCCCAUAUGUCUGUGGGCUGUGGCAGCUAAUUUUGUACUAUGAACAUUGAAACGAACAAUCUAAUGAAGAGUAAAAAGAGAACUGAAACACUC